AUGGAUUUAUUAGAAUAGCAAUAAGAUAUUGGAUGUCCAUAAAUGGGAAAUCUAUGGAAGAUUGGCAUAAAAUUGGAAAAUGGUUUAUUAUAAAUAAACUCUAUUCAUCAAAAGUAGAUGGAUGGUAUAAAUACCUAGACUUUAUAGUGUUUACAAAAAUCUGGUAUGAUCGAUUGUUUUUAUGAUAUGAUUGAUAAUAUACUUAGACCAUUGUUUUAUAUUACUAUUAAUCCUACAAUAGAUCCAUUUUAUAUUAAGCCUUAUUCUAAAUAACAUGUUUUAAUACUGUUGAUGAUGAAUCUUUGUACGAAUAUUUUGCAAUUUCUGAUCUUAAAUAAUCUCUAAAAGAUUGGUCAUGAGAUCGUAAUUCACCGCAUACAUAUUGGAUUAUUACAUAUAUGCAAAUUUAUAUAAAUUGAAUGCUUUAAGAUAAUAGAGAGGUUUAAAUACAUUUAAAUUUCGACCUCAUUACGGAGAAGCUGCAAAUAUAGAUCAUUUAACAACAGCAUAUUUAGUUUCUGAUGGCAUUAAUCAUGGAUUAGAAUUAUAAAAAUCUCCUGUUUGUAAUAUCUGUUUUAUUUUGAAUAAAUAGGAAUUGCAAUAUCACCUGUAUCAAAUAAUAAAUUAUUUUGUCGUUAUUCAAAAUCCCCUUUUUAAAAAUAUUUUUAAAUUGGUCUUAAUGUAUGUUUAUCAACUGAUGAUCCUUUAAUUUUACAUCUAACAAAUGAGCCUUUGUUAUAUGCAAAAAAAGCAUCAUAAAUUUUUGAUUUUUCAGGAAUAGAUUUAGCUGAAUUAGCUUGAAAUUCUGUUAGAUAUGUUAGAUAGAGUAGUUUCGAAAAGGAAAUUAAAGAAUUUUGGAUUGGAGAAAACUAUAAUGAUAGAAUUGCAUAAAAAUUAAUUUUAUUAAAUAAUACAAUUAAUAGAUACUGAAGAUCGUAAUAAUUUAGCUGCCACUAGAUUCAUGUAUAGAAAAGUAACAUUGAAUGAAGAGUAUGAACAUCUUGAAAAUUUGUUCUGA